AUGGCGCGUAUAAAUACCUUCGCCAAUGGAAUAUGGAGUUUAGUUAAAAUCGAAUUAAUCAAAGGCAUGAAGUUCCGUUUCCUGGCACUUUUCAUUUGUGUGUGUGCGUUUGCAUUCCUAGUGGGAGGAGCACCCACUAGGCUGCCUGAUGCCGACGAGGGAGGAGGAGGUGUAGAUGUUGGCGAUGAAAUUGCAAGUGCCGACAAAGGUGUAGACGAAACACAAGACAGUGUUGCUGACGGUGUAUCAAACGAAUGUCAAACGGACAAUGAAGCAGUAAAAGAAACUGCACCGGCGGAAACUGCAGCAGAAGCUGGUGAAGUAACUGCAGAAGAACCAACAGAUGCGGAUACAUCAAGUGAAGAAACUCCUGCUGGUGAAGAUACCCCUAUAGCGGAGACUGGAGAAGAGACUGCUGGUGAAGACACGCCGGCAGAAGUGGCUAGUGAAGAAACUGCUGGUGAGGAAGUCGUUGGUGAAGAAACCGGUGCAGAAGAGACAGCCGGUGAGGAAAAUCUUGAAGAAGAGACUGCUGGAGAGGAAACAGCCGGUGAUGAAUCUCCUGCUGGUGAGGAGCCCGUUGGUGAAGAAAUUCCUGCGGAAGAGACUGCUGCAGAAGAGACUGCUGCAGAAGAGACUGCUGCAGAAGAGACUGCUGCAGAAGAGACUGCUGCAGAAGAGACUGCUGCAGAAGAGACUGCUGCAGAAGAGACUCCUGUGGGUGAGGAGCCAGCUGGAGAAGAAACUCCUACAGAAGUGACUGGUGAAGUGAUAGUUGGUGAGGAACCCGCAGAUGAAGAAACUCCUGCCGAAGAGACCGCUGGUGAGGAAGCAACCAAUGAAGAAACUCCUGCUGGUGAGGAACCUGCUGACGAAGAGACUACUGGAGAGGAAGCAGGCGGUGAAGAAGCUCCCGCUGGUGAAGAGUCAGUCGGUGAAGAAGGUGCUGCUGAAGAAAUCCCUUUAGAAGAAACCGUUGGUGAGGAAUCCGCAGUAGGAGAAACUCCUGCCGAAGAGACCGCUGGUGAGGAAGCAACCGAUGAAGAAACUCCUGCUGGUGAGGAGCCUGCUGGUGAAGAGACUCCUGCAGAAGGGACUGCUUCAGAGGAAGAAGGCGUUGAAGAAACUCCUGAUGAAGUUGAUCAAGAAACCAGUGAAGAUGGUGCUGCUGAAGAAACUCCUUUAGAAGAAACAGUUGGUGAGGAAUCCGCAGUAGGAGAAACUCCUGCCGAAGAGACCGCUGGUGAGGAAGCAACCGAUGAAGAGACUCCUGCUGGUGAAGAAACUCCUGCGGGUGAGGAGCCAGCUGGUGAAGAAACUCCUACAGAAGUGAUUGGUGAAGAGACCGUUGGUGAAGAACCCGCAGUUGAAGAAACUCCUGCCGAAGAGACCGCUGGUGAGGAAGCAACCAAUGAAGAAACUCCUGCUGGUGAGGAGCAAGUUGGUGACGAAAUUCCUACUGGUGAGGAGCCUGCUGACGAUGAAACACCUGCAGAAGAGACUGCUGCAGAAGAGACUACUGGAGAGGAAGCAGGCGGUGAAGAAGCUCCCGCUGGUGAAGAGCCAGUCGGUGAAGAAAGUGCUGCUGAAGAAACUCCUUUAGAAGAAACCGUUGGUGAGGAAUCCGCAGCAGGAGAAACUCCUGCCGAUGAAACUGCUGGUGAGGAAGCAACCGAUGAAGAAACUCCUGCUGGUGAGGAGACAGUUGGUGAAGACACCGGUGAAGAAACAGAAGAGGCUGGCGAAGAAGCCGCGGGAGAAGAAACACCAGCUGGUGAGGAACCUGCUGUUGAAGAAGAAUCCGGUGUAGAAGGUGCUGCUGAAGAAACUCCUUUAGAAGAAACUGCGGGUGAGGAAGCAACCGGUGAAGAUACUCCUGCUGGUGAGGAGCCAGCUGGUGAAGAAAUUCCAGCAGAAGGGACUGCUCCAGAGGAAGAAGGCGGUGAAGAAACUCCUGAUGCUGAAGAACCAGUUGAUGAAGAAACCAGUGAAGAUGGUGCUGCUGAAGAAACUCCUUUAGAAGAAACCGUUGGUGAGGAAUCCGCAGUAGGAGAAACUCCUGCCGAAGAGACUGCUGGUGAGGAAGCAACCGAUGAAGAAACUCCUGCUGGUGAGGAGACAGUUGGUGAAGAAACCGGUGAAGAAACAGAAGAGGCUGGCGAAGAAGCCGCGGGAGAAGAAACACCAGAAACGCCUGCUGUUGAAGAAGAAUCCGGUGAAGAAGGUGCUGCUGAAGAAACUCCUUUAGAAGAAACUGCGGGUGAGGAAGCAACCGGUGAAGAUACUCCUGCUGGUGAAGAGGCCGCUGGUGAAGAAACUCCUACUGGUGAGGAGCCUGCUGUAGAGGAAACACCUGCAGAAGAGACUACUGAAGAGGAAGCAGGCGAUGAAGAAACUCCUGCUGGUGAAGAGACAGUUGGUGAAGAAACCGGUGAAGAACCUGAAGAGGCUGGUGAAGAAGCCGCGGGAGAAGAAACACCAGCUGGUGAAGAGCCUGCUGUUGAAGAAACACCUGCAGAAGAAACUACUUUGGAGGGAGUAGGCGGUGAAGAGCAAGUUGGUGAAGAAACGAGUGAAGAAGGUGGUGCUGCAGAAACUGCGGAUGGGGAAGAAACGGGUGAAGAAACUCCUGCUGGUGAAGAGCCUGUUGGUGAAGAAAUUGGGGGUGAGGAAGCAGCUGGCGAAGAAAUUCCCACUGGUGAAGAAAUUCCUGCAGAAGAAACUGCUGGUGAAGAAAAUCUUGAAGAAGAAGCUGGUGAGGAAAUUCCUGAAGAAGAGACUGCUGGAGAGGAAGCAGGCGAGGUAGAAACUCCUGCUGGUGAAGAGCCAGUUGGUGAAGAAACCGGUGAAGAAAGUGCUGCUGAAGAAACUCCUUUAGAAGAAAUUGCGGGUGAGGAAGCAGCUGGCGAAGAAAUUCCUGCUGGUGAAGAAAUUCCUGCAGAAGAAACUGCUGGUGAAGAAAAUCUUGAAGAAGAGGCUGCUGAGGAAAUUCCUGAAGAAGAGACUGCCGGAGAGGAAACAAGCGGGGUAGAAACUCCUGCUGGUGAAGAAACCGAAGAAGAAAGUGCAGCUGAAGAAACUCCUUUAGAAGAAACUGCGGGAGAGGAAGCAGCUGGCGAAGAAAUUCCUGUUGGUGAAGAAACUCCUGCAGAAGAAACUGCUGGUGAGGAAACUCCUGAAGAAGAGGCUGUUGUAGAGGGAGUAGCUGAUGAGGAAACUCCUCAAGAAGAGACUACUGAAGAGGAAGCAGGCCGUGAAGAAACUCCUGCAGAAGAAACUGCUGGUGAGGAAAAUCUUGAAGAGACUGAAGGCGAACAUCCGCCAUGUGGUGCUAGCACUGAAGGAGAGGCCGAAAUACCCGCCGUAGAAGAAACAGGUGAACACACAUGUGGUGGCGCUGAAGGAGAAGAUACAUCCGGCGUAGAAGUCGCUGGCGAAGAAGCCGCGGACGAUGAAAGUGGACCAAGUGUAGAAGAGGCUGAAGGCCAUGAGGGAGAAGGUGAAGCUUCCGGUAGCAGUGGCGGAGUUCAUAUUGAAAUAACAAUUGAAGGAGGUCAUGGAUCAUCGGAAAGUGUAGCGGAAGUUGAAGGCGAACCACCAUGUGAAGUUUGUACCGGAGGAGAGGGUGAGACUCAUACAGGAGAAGAAACUGCUGAACAUUCAUGCGGUGGAGCUGAGGGUGAAGUGACAACCGGUGGAGAGACCGCGGCUGAGGAUGUCGUAGGCGAAGAAGCCGCGAGCGUUGAAGGCGAACCAUGUGGUGGAGGGGCUGAAGGUCACGAGGGAGAAGGUGAAGCUUCCGGUGGCAGUGGCGGAGUUCAUAUUGAAAUAACAAUUGAAGGAGGUCAUGGAUCAUCGGAAAGUGUAGCGGAAGUUGAAGGCGAACAACCACCAUGUGAAGUUUGUGCGGGAGGAGAGGGUGAAACUCAUACAGGAGAAGUAACUGCUGAACAUUCAUGCGGUGGAGCUGAGGGAGAAGUGACAACCGGUGAAGCGACCACAGGUGAGGAUGUCGCAGGCGAAGAAGCCGCGAGCGUUGAAGGCGAAUGUGGUGGAGGGGCUGAAGGCCACGAAGGAGAAGGUGAAGCUUCCGGUGGCAGUGGCGGAGUUCAUAUUGAAAUAACAGUCGAAGGAGAACAUGGGUCAACUGGUGGUGAAACCUCAGAAGGUGAACAUUCACCAUGCGAAGGAGCUUCUGGAAGUGAGGAGGCUGAAGGCGAACAUCCACCACCUGAAGUUUGUGUCGGUGGAGAGACCGAGAUACCCGUCGGAAAAGAAACAGGUGAACACACGUGCGGUGGAGCUGAGGGUGAAGAGACAACAGUUGAAGAAACAGCUGGGGGAGAGGAAACUGAAGGUGCACAUCCACCAUGUGAUGGAGCAUCAGGUGAAGAAGGGGUUGGAGUUCACGAGGGAGAAAGUGAAGCUUCCGAUGGCAGUGGUGGUGUUCAUAUUGAAAUAACAAUUGAAGGAGAGCAUGGAUCAACGGAAGGUGGGGCAGAAGUUGAAGGCGAACAACCACCAUGUGAAGUUUGUGCCGGAGGAGAGGGUGAAACUCAUACAGGAGAAGAAACCGCAGAACACUCAUGCGGUGGAGCUGAGGGAGAAGUGACAACCGGUGAAGAGACUGCCGUUGAGGAUGUCGCAGGCGAAGAAGCCGCUGGCGAAGAAGCCGCGAGCGUUGAAGGCGAACCAUGUGGUGGAGGGGCUGAAGGCCACGAAGGAGAAGGUGAAGCUUCCGGUGGCAGUGGCGGAAUUCAUAUUGAAAUAACAGUCGAAGGAGAACAUGGGCCAACAGGUGGUGAGACCUCAGAAGGUGAACAUCCACCAUGCGAAGGAGCUCCUGGUAGUGAAGAGGCUGAAGGUGAACAUCCACCACAUGAAGUUUGUGCCGGUGGAGAGACCGAGACACCCGUCGGAGAAGAAACAGGUGAACACACAUGUAGUGGCGCUGAGGGAGAAGAGACAACCGUUGAAGAAAGUGCUGGGGGAGAGGAAACUGAAGGUGCACACCCACCCUGUGAUGGAGCUUCAGGUGAAGAAGGGGCUGGAGUUCCCGAGGGAGAAAGUGAAACUUCCGCUGGCAGUGGUGGAGUUCAUAUUGAAAUAACAAUUGAAGGAGAGCAUGGAUCAUCGGAAGGUGUGCCAGAAGUUGAAGGCGAACAACCACCAUGUGAAGUUUGUGCCGGAGGAGAGGGUGAAACUCAUACAGGAGAAGAAACUGCAGAACACUCAUGCGGUGGAGCUGAGGGAGAAGUGACAACCGGUGAAGAGACUGCGGGUGAGGAUGUCGCAGGCGAAGAAGCCGCUGGCGAAGAAGCCGCGAGCGUUGAAGGCGAACCAUGUGGUGGAGGGGCUGAAGGCCACGAAGGAGAAGGUGAAGCUUCCGGUGGCAGUGGCGGAAUUCAUAUUGAAAUAACACUCGAAGGAGAACAUGGGCCAACAGGUGGUGAGACCUCAGAAGGUGAACAUCCACCAUGCGAAGGAGCUUCUGGAAGUGAGGAGGCUGAAGGCGAACAUCCACCACAUGAAGUUUGUGUCGGUGGAGAGACCGAGAUACCCGUCGGAGAGGAAACAGGUGAACACACGUGCGGUGGAGCUGAGGGUGAAGAGACAACAGUUGAAGAAGCAGCUGGGGGAGAGGAAACUGAAGGUGCACAUCCACCAUGUGAUGGAGCUUCAGGUGAAGAAGGGGUUCGAGUUCACGAGGGAGAAAGUGAAGCUUCCGAUGGCAGUGGUGGAGUUCAUAUUGAAAUAACAAUUGAGGGAGAGCAUGGAUCAACGGAAGGUGGGGCAGAAGUUGAAGGCGAACAACCACCAUGUGAAGUUUGUGCCGGAGGAGAGGGUGAAACUCAUACAGGAGAAGAAACUGCUGAACAUUCAUGCGGUGGAGCUGAGGGAGAAGUCACAACCGGUGAAGCUACCACGGGUGAGGAUGUCGCAGGCGAAGAAGCCGCUGGCGAAGAAGUCGCGAGCGUUGAAGGCGAACCAUGUGGUGGAGGGGCUGAAGGUCACGAGGGAGAAGGUGAAGUUUCCGGUGGCAGUGGCGGAGUUCAUAUUGAAAUAACAGUCGAAGGAGAACAUGGGUCAACAGGUGGUGAAACCUCAGAAGGUGAACAUCCACCAUGCGAAGGAGCUCCUGGUAGUGAAGAGGCUGAAGGUGAACAUCCACCACAUGAAGUUUGUGCCGGUGGAGAGACCGAGACACCCGUCGGAGAAGAAACAGGUGAACACACAUGUAGUGGCGCUGAGGGAGAAGAGACAACCGUUGAAGAAAGUGCUGGGGGAGAGGAAACUGAAGGUGCACACCCACCCUGUGAUGGAGCUUCAGGUGAAGAAGGGGCUGGAGUUCCCGAGGGAGAAAGUGAAACUUCCGAUGGCAGUGGUGGAGUUCAUAUUGAAAUAACAAUUGAAGGAGAGCAUGGAUCAUCGGAAGGUGUGGCAGAAGUUGAAGCCGAACAACCACCAUGUGAAGUUUGUACCGGAGGAGAGGGUGAAACUCAUACAGGAGAAGAAACUGCUGAACAUUCAUGCGGUGGAGCUGAGGGUGAAGUGACAAACGGUGAAGAUACCGCAAGUGAAGAUGUCGCAGGCGAAGAAGCCGCUGGUGAAGAAGCCGCUGGCGAAGAAGCCGCAGGCGAAAAACCCGCUGGCGAGGAAGCCGCGAGCGUUGAAGGUGAACCAUGUGGUGGAGUGGCUGAAGGUCACGACGGAGAAGGUGGAACUUCGGGUGGUAGUGGCGGAGUUCAUAUUGAAAUAACAAUUGAAGGAGAGCAUGGAUCAUCUGAAGGUGAGGCGGAAGUUGAAGGAGAACAAACAGCUGAACAUUCAUGCGGUGGCGCUGAGGGAGAAGAGACAACCGGUGAAGAGACCGUGGGCGAAGAAGCCACAGGCGAAGAAGCUGCAGGCGAAGAAGUCGCAGGCGAAGAAGCCGCAGGCGAAGAAGCCGCAGGCGAAGAAGCCGCAGGCGAAGAAUCCGCAGGCGAAGAAGCCGCAGGCGAAGAAGCCGCGGGCGAAGGAGCCGCAGGCGAAGAAACCGCGAGCGUUGGAGGCGAACCAUGUAGUGGAGUGGCUGAAGGUCACGAGGGAGAAGGUGAAACUUCGGGUGGUAGUGGCGGAGUUCAUAUUGAAAUAACAAUUGAAGGAGAGCAUGGAUCAUCGGAAGGUGAGGCGGAAACUGAAGGAGAACAAACAGCUGAACAUUCAUGCGGUGGAACUGAGGGAGAAGAGACUACCGGUGAAGAGACCGUGGGUGAAGAAGCCGCAGGCGAAGAAGCCACAGGCGAAGAAGCCGCAGGCGAAGAAGCCGCAGGCGAAGAAGCCGCGGGCGAAGAAGCCUCAGGCCAAGAAGCCGCAGGCGAAGAAGUCGCAGGCGAAGAAGCCGCAGGCGAAGAAGCCGCUGGCGAAGAAGCCGCAGGCGAAGAAACCGCAGGCGAAGAUGCCGCAGGCGAAGAUGCCGCAGGCGAAGAAUCCGCGAGCGUUGAAGGCGAACCAUGUGGUGGAGUGGCAGAAGGUCACGGGGGAGAAGGUGAAACUUCGGGUGGUAGUGGCGGAGUUCAUAUUGAAAUAACAAUUGAAGGAGAGCAUGGAUCAUCGGAAGGGAGAAGAGACUACCGGUGA